AUGGAGGAUUUUACAUUCCAACCCUUUUGUUCAGGAGUGGAAGGGAAAUGCUUUAGUGUGAAAGGAACGAAUCGAACAUCACAGAAGCCACAGGAAGAUAAACCUUCUCAAUCUCUCCUCUUCCUCAAGGCACAAACAUUACUGCACUUUCCAGUUGUAAAACCACAAACACUACAUACGCUUGAUUAUGAUGAACGUUUCAGUUCAAUUAAAAGCAGAAGCACAUCUCCUCUCACCAUAUCUUACAACUGCUGCUCUGGAAACUUCCCCUCCCAGUCCCUUGGGCAACACCUGUGCUACCCAGGAUCUUUCUGUGGCUCAUCCUACCCCAGCAACCAAUUCUGCAACACCAACCUCCGCUCUCCCAGCACCUGUCAGCUGGGCUCCUCCCUCUCCAAUGGCUGUCAGGAGACCUGCUGUGAGCCCACCAGCUGCCCGAUGUCCUACCCGGUGUCCAAACCCUGCCAGAUGUCCUGCUACCCGUUGAGGACCUCCACACUCUUCAGUCCCUGCCAGACAAAUUACACCGGGUCUCUGGGCUUUGGCUCCAACGGCUUUCAAUCUUUGGGUUGCGGCUCUCCCUCUCUGGGCUUUGGAUUGGGUGCUUUCCAAUCAGUGGGCUAUAGUCCCAGUGCUUUUUCAUCCCUGGGGUGUAGAUCCAGCUUUUACCGUCCACUCUACUCUUCUAGAAGCUGCCAGUCUGCUUUCUACCAACCAACUUGUGGAUCUGGCUUCUACGAAUCUUAUGUUUGA